UAACAAACCUUUUCAACCUUUCUUCUUCUUCUUCUUCUUCUUCUUUCUCUUUUGUUUUUUUUUUUUUUUCUUCUUCUUUCUUUUUAGUUUCUUGUUUUUUUAAAAAAAAAUUGCAAAGAUAGAGAUAUAUAAAGAGUCUCCAUAAAAAUGGCUCAUUUUUGUUGGAUUGAGUUACUUGUGUUAGCAACCUUAGCUUUAGUGGGUUCAUCUUUAGGAGCAAGAGUUGAAUCUGAUUCUAAUGCCAUCAUCAUUGAUGGACAACGCAAAAUCAUUAUCUCUGGUUCAAUCCACUAUCCGCGCAGCACUCCUCAGAUGUGGCCGGAUCUAAUUCAGAAGGGCAAGGACGGAGGUCUUGAUGCUAUUGAAACAUACAUCUUCUGGGAUAUUCAUGAGCCUAAUCCUCGUCAGUAUGACUUCUCGGGAAAUAAAGACUUCAUCAAGUUUUUCCAGCUGAUACAACAAGCAGGACUUUAUGCAAUUCUUCGUAUUGGUCCUUAUGUGUGCGCUGAGUGGAGUUAUGGAGGUUUCCCUCUAUGGCUUCACAAUACUCCAGGGAUCCAGUUGAGAACCGACAAUGAGAUUUACAAGAAUGAAAUGCAAAUAUUUACCAGCAAGAUCGUGAGUAUGUGCAAAGAUGCUAAGCUGUUUGCACCACAGGGAGGACCCAUCAUCUUAGCGCAGAUUGAGAAUGAAUAUGGAAAUAUCAUGAAGGGUUAUGGCGCAGCUGGGAAAUCCUACAUCAAUUGGGCUGCUCAAAUGGCAGUCAAUCAAAACAUUGGCAUUCCGUGGGUUAUGUGUCAGCAGGAUGAUGCUCCACAGCCAAUGAUUAAUGCAUGCAACGGCUUCUACUGUGACCAAUUCAAGCCAAACAACCCUAAGAGCCCAAAGAUGUGGACUGAAAAUUGGACAGGAUGGUUCAAGCUUUGGGGUAACAGUGAACCGCAUAGACCUGCUGAAGAUGUUGCAUUUGCAGUAGCACGCUUCUUCCAAAAUGGAGGAGUCUUAAACAAUUAUUACAUGUAUCAUGGAGGAACAAACUUUGGUCGGAAAGCAGGAGGUCCAUAUAUUACCACAUCGUAUGAUUAUGAUGCACCACUAGAUGAAUAUGGAAAUUUAAAUCAGCCUAAAUGGGGUCAUCUCAAGCAGCUUCAUGCAGCUAUUAAACAGGGAGAGAAGAUUCUCACAAGCGGCACAGCAACAACUAGGAACGUUGAUCAUAAUAUUGAUCUGACUACAUAUGCAAACAACGCUGGUGAGAGAUUCUGUUUCUUAAGCAACAUAGACGGAUCAAAGGAUGUUAAUGUUGACUUGCAACAAGAUGGAAAGUUCAUGGUGCCUGCUUGGUCUGUCAGUAUUCUUCUUGGCUGCAAAACUGAAAUCUAUAAUACCGCCAAGGUUUACACCCCAACAGUUGUUUACGCCAAGAAAAACCAGGAUCCUACUAAACUUUCAUGGGCCUGGGUACCAGAAGCAAUGGAUGAAACCCUUGAUGGCAAAGGCGACACCAAAGCAAACGAGCUUCUUGAUCAAAAGGAUGCAGCUUCUGAUGCCAGUGACUAUCUAUGGUACAUGACCAGUGUUAAUAUAGAUGCAAAUACACCAAGAAAUGCAAAUUUGCGCGUUACCACAAAUGGACAUGGUCUCCAUGCUUUUGUCAACAAAAACCUCAUAGGUUUCCAGUUUGCAGGAUCAACCAAUGGCCAACAAUCAUUUAACGGAGAUGACUAUAGCUUUGAGUUCCAGAGACCAGUGCAACUUAAUGUAGGGACUAACAUCAUCAGUUUACUCAGUGUAACAGUUGGAUUGGCAAACUAUGGUGUAAGAUAUGAUCUUAUACCGACUGGCUUAUGGGGAAAGACUGUCCAGUUGAUGGCAGGGACUACCACUAUCAAUCUAACAUCAUCAACGUGGUUCAACAAGGUUGGUGUAAAUGGUGAAUCCCAACGACUCUAUGAUCCAUCAUCCAAUGUCAAUUGGAAUUCAAACCAACUUCCUACUGCAAGACCAUUCACGUGGUAUAAGACAACUUUCAAGUCUCCAUGGGGCACAGCACCAGUAGUGGUGGACUUGCAAGGCAUGGGCAAAGGUCAUGCAUGGGUAAAUGGAAACAGUAUCGGCCGCUACUGGGCAAAUGAACUUUCUGGUACUAGAGGAUGUGUUCCUUCAUGUAAUUAUCGGGGAGGCUACAGGUCCGACAACUGUAGGACAAACUGUGGGAAUCCUUCCCAAAGAUGGUAUCACAUCCCAAGAUCGUUCCUCAACAACAAUGUAAAUACAUUGAUCUUGUUUGAAGAAUUAGGUGGAGACACUUCGCAGGUGGCUAUCCAAGUUGUCACCCCGCAAUGAAGAGCAAAUCGAAAUGUCAUCGUCGUCGUCGUACACUUAUUUUGUUCAGAUAAAAAUAAUAAAAAUUAAUAGGCAAUAAAUAUAACAUGUGAAAAAAUAAAAUAUUUUUG